UAUACAAGAUCAUUAUAUAUGCAUUGAACCAUAUCAUUAAACAACACCACAAACAAAUAAAAUGUGUUUCAGAUUUAAUGUAAUGCUUCUGUCCAAGCCAAUCCAGCUUGUCAUCAACUGGCAAAACGCGGUUAUCUUCAUCAUCUUAUAAUCAUGUCUAUGUGUUUGUGUCUUCAAAUGCAGCAACACCAAAAUCUCUCACACACUGCAAUCUUCUCCAUCUUCACUUCAUUCCUUUUGUACCCUUUUGUGCUUUUGACUCACAUUGUCGUCUACUUGCAUUUCUGUGUACCCCCACUGUGAAAGUUCCUCCCUUUCUGCUUGCUUAAUCCUCCAAUCCUUUGUCAUUUUGGUCAUUCACUCCAACUGGGGUUUGAAGCUUGGUGACUCGGUCUGUUCCUUAAAAAUUGGAACUUUGUUAGAGCCAAGAUUAACUGAUUUAGUACAGUGCUGUUUCUUCAAAUCUGUACUGUUUUUUUGGGUCAUAAAUCAUGGAAGAGACAUUUGUUCCAUUUCGUGGAAUAAAAAAUGAUCUUCAGCAGAGGUUGAUGUAUUACAAGCAAGACUGGAUUGGUGGUCUCACUGCAGGUUUCAGGAUAUUAGCCCCUACCACGUAUAUAUUUUUUGCAUCAGCAAUUCCAGUUAUUUCAUUUGGAGAACAAUUGGAAAGAGAUACAGGUAAAUUACUCCUAUUGACUAAUAUCCCAUAUGUUGUGUUUCUUGAGUUUUAUUUAUACACUAAUAUAGUGAUUUGGUGCACCUUAAGUUUGAUGUACUGUGUGUUCACCUUUUUUUCAGGUGGAAUACUCACUGCAGUGCAAACAUUAGCAUCUACUGCUGUGUGUGGAAUUAUACACUCAAUUAUUGGAGGCCAGCCUUUGCUGAUUCUUGGGGUGGCAGAACCAACCGUAAUUAUGUACACGUUCAUGUUCAACUUCGCAAAAAAUAGACCGGAUUUGGGUUCAAAGCUUUUUCUAGCAUGGACUGCAUGGGUAUGCAUUUGGACUGCCAUCUUGCUGUUCCUACUUGCUAUCUUAGGAGCUUGCUCCAUCAUCAACAGGUUCACACGCAUAGCAGGGGAAUUGUUCGGCCUUCUUAUCGCAAUGCUCUUCAUGCAAGAGGCUAUUAGAGGACUCAUCCACGAGUUUCGCAUACCUGAGAGAUCAGACCUAACAUUACCUGAGUUUGAAUCUUCAUGGAGAUUUGGAAAUGGAAUGUUUGCUUUAAUUCUGUCCUUUGGCCUUCUGCUUACAGCAUUGAGAAGCCGAAAAGCAAGGUCUUGGCGAUAUGGAUCAGGAUGUCUGCGAGGCUUCAUAGCAGACUAUGGUGUCCCAUUGAUGGUUCUAAUAUGGACUGCUGUUUCUUAUAUACCUGCGGGGAGUACGCCAAACGGAAUCCCUAGGCGCCUCUUCAGUCCAAAUCCAUGGUCUCCUGGUGCAUAUGAAAACUGGACUGUCAUAAAGGACAUGCUGAAUGUGCCUGUUCUCUAUAUUAUUGGAGCAUUUAUUCCAGCGACGAUGAUUGCUGUGCUAUAUUAUUUUGACCAUAGUGUGGCAUCUCAGCUUGCUCAGCAGAAAGAGUUCAAUUUAAGAAAGCCACCUUCUUUCCAUUAUGAUUUACUUCUUUUGGGAUUCAUGGUUAUAAUAUGUGGUCUUAUUGGAAUUCCCCCAUCAAAUGGUGUUAUUCCACAAUCUCCAAUGCAUACCAAAAGUUUAGCUACAUUGAAGCACCAGUUACUUAGAAACAAGCUUGUUGCAAAAGCUAGAAGUUGUAUGAGAAAGCAAGAAAACCUGGGACAAGUAUAUGGAAGUAUGCAAGAUGCUUAUUGGCAGAUGCAAAGCCCUCUAGCUCACCAGGAACCUUCCUCUCAGGGACUAAAAGAGUUGAAAGAGUCAACUAUUCAAUUGGCAUCAAGCUUGGGGAGCAUAGAGGCUCCAGUUGAUGAGUCAAUAUUUGAUAUUGAGAAGGAAAUCGACGACUUGUUGCCUGUCGAGGUUAAAGAACAGCGAGUGAGCAACUUGCUCCAAUCUUUGAUGGUAGGAGGAUGUGUUGCAGCAAUGCCUUUGCUAAAAAGGAUUCCAACUUCUGUACUGUGGGGCUAUUUUGCUUUCAUGGCCAUCGAAAACUUACCCGGCAACCAGUUCUGGGAGCGGAUUUUACUAGUUUUCACUGCUCCAAGUAGACGAUACAAAGUUCUGGAGGAGUGCCAUGCAACUUACGUGGAAACUAUACCUUUCAAGACAAUAGCAGUAUUUACAGUCUUCCAAACUGCUUACUUGCUUGUUUGUUUUGGUAUCACGUGGGUUCCAAUAGCUGGGGUUCUAUUCCCAUUGAUGAUCAUGCUUCUGGUUCCUGUAAGACAAUACAUUUUGCCCAAGUUCUUCAAAGGGGCACACCUUCAGGAUUUAGAUGCUGCAGAAUAUGAAGAAGUACCUGCUUUACCAUUUGAACUAGCUACUGAAGGUAACUUGAGCAGGACAGCUUCAUUUGCAGAUGAUGGAGAGAUUCUAGAUGGAAUGAUUACUCGAAGCCGGGGUGAGUUUAGACGUGUUUGCAGUCUGAAGGUGGUGAGCUCCCCUGGAACUCCAUCCAAAGAGUUGACAGGUAUUCAAAGUCCAAGGUUCUCAGAUAAAGUAUACAGCCCUAGGGUAAACCAACUCAGAGAAAAUCAUAGCCCUCGAGGUGUUGGGAGAGGACCAUUUAGCCCUGGAGAAGCUAAGCCAUCGAAUUUGAGAAAGAGUGGAUAAAGACUACACAUUUUUUUGUUGAUACUAAUGCCUACAAUUCAAGGAUUGCCAGCAAAAGGUGGCAUGCCCCUUGCUUAUUUUAACAUCUGAUUCUUGAGAAUGGCAAUUGUAGCGAUAUAAAUUAUUUAGUGUAGGGAAUUUGUAGCAAGAGUUCUGUCGCUUGUAUACAUAUAUUUUUUUAAAUACCAAAUUGUAGAGAUGAUUAAAGUCUAUGAUUUGUUUGUGAAUGCAAUUGUGGAGGCAUCGAGUGGUGUUUACUAGUUGA